CGCGCGGCUGGAGCUGGCGCGGGAGCGGCGGGAGCGGUGGCGGCGGCGGCAGCAGAGGCGGCGGCUCCGGCUCCAGCACCGGCUCCGGCUCCGGCUCCGGCCCGGGCGGUGGUGGCGGGAGCGGGACCAGGUGGUGGUGGUGGCGGCGGCCGAGGAGCCAGGAGAGGCGGCCUCGGCGGCUUGUGGGGGGACAUGCGGACCGACGGCCCCUGGAUAGGCGCAAGGAGCGGAGACCCCCAUACCCUGCCUUCAGAGCUGAUUGUUCAGCAGGAGUGACUGUGAGCAGGCAGAAACACGGUGCAUUGUCUUGGGCUGUGGCUGACUGAAGAGCCCUGGAUGGCCCUAGAGCCAGCCCCAGGGAGGAUGAUGGUGCCCCUUGUGCCCACACUCAUGAUGCUUGGUUUGGUGGUGGGUGUCCACGGCGACAGCAAACCUGUCUUUGUUAAGGUCCCAGAGGAUCAGACUGGGCUGUCCGGAGGAGUGGCUUCCUUUGUAUGCCAAGCCACAGGGGAACCCAAGCCACGGAUCACAUGGAUGAAGAAGGGGAAGAAAGUCAGCUCCCAGCGCUUUGAGGUAAUUGAGUUUGAUGAUGGAGCAGGGUCAGUGCUGAGGAUACAGCCAUUGCGCGUACAACGAGACGAAGCCAUCUAUGAGUGCACAGCUACCAAUAGCCUGGGAGAGAUCAACACAAGUGCCAAGCUCUCAGUGCUUGAAGAGGAACAGCUGCCAUCUGGGUUCCCUUCCAUAGACAUGGGGCCUCAGCUGAAGGUGGUGGAGAAAGCACGUACAGCCACCAUGUUGUGUGCAGCUGGCGGAAAUCCAGACCCUGAGAUCUCUUGGUUCAAGGACUUCCUUCCUGUGGAUCCUGCCGCAAGCAAUGGCCGCAUCAAACAGCUGCGUUCAGGUGCCUUGCAGAUUGAGAGCAGUGAGGAGUCAGACCAAGGCAAGUACGAGUGUGUGGCAACCAACUCCGCAGGCACACGGUACUCAGCCCCUGCAAACCUGUAUGUGCGAGUGCGCCGUGUGGCUCCUCGUUUCUCCAUCCCUCCCAGCAGCCAGGAGGUGAUGCCUGGUGGCAGUGUGAACCUGACAUGUGUGGCAGUGGGUGCACCCAUGCCCUAUGUGAAGUGGAUGAUGGGGGCUGAGGAGCUCACCAAGGAGGACGAGAUGCCAGUUGGCCGCAAUGUGCUGGAGCUCAGCAAUGUUGUACGCUCUGCCAACUACACCUGUGUGGCCAUCUCCUCGCUGGGUAUGAUAGAAGCCACAGCCCAGGUCACAGUGAAAGCUCUGCCAAAGCCUCCAAUUGAUCUUCUGGUAACAGAGACAACUGCCACCAGCGUCACUCUGACCUGGGACUCUGGAAACGCGGAGCCUGUGUCCUACUAUGGCAUCCAGUACCGUGCAGCUGGCACAGAGGGCCCCUUUCAGGAGGUAGAUGGGGUAGCCACUACCCGCUACAGCAUCGGUGGCCUUAGCCCUUUCUCAGAAUAUGCCUUCCGAGUGCUGGCGGUGAACAGCAUUGGGCGAGGACCACCCAGUGAGUCCGUGCGAGCACGCACGGGUGAGCAAGCUCCCUCCAGCCCUCCACGCCGUGUGCAGGCUCGCAUGCUGAGUGCCAGCACCAUGCUGGUGCAGUGGGAGCCACCUGAGGAGCCCAACGGCCUGGUGCGGGGAUACCGAGUUUAUUAUACUCCAGACUCACGCCGCCCCCUGAGUGCCUGGCAUAAGCACAAUACUGAUGCGGGGCUCCUUACCACUGUGGGCAGCUUGUUGCCUGGCAUCACCUACAGCCUGCGAGUACUUGCCUUCACUGCUGUGGGCGAUGGCCCACCUAGCCCCACCAUCCAGGUCAAGACGCAGCAGGGAGUGCCAGCACAGCCGGCGGACUUCCAAGCAGAGGCUGAAUCGGACACCAGGAUCCAGCUCUCCUGGCUGCUGCCCCCACAGGAGCGUAUCAUCAAGUAUGAGUUGGUGUACUGGGCAGCAGAGGAUGAAGGCCAACAGCACAAGGUGACCUUCGACCCUACCUCCUCCUACACUCUAGAGGACCUGAAGCCUGACACGUUGUACCGCUUCCAGCUGGCCGCCCGCUCGGAUAUGGGGGUGGGCGUCUUCACGCCCACCUUAGAGGCCCGCACAGCACAGUCCACCCCCUCCGCCCCUCCCCAGAAGGUGACAUGUGUGAGCGUGGGCUCUACCACCAUCCGGGUAAGUUGGGUCCCGCCCCCGGCAGACAGCCGCAACGGCGUUAUCACCCAGUACUCCGUGGCCUAUGAGGCAGUGGACGGCGAGGACCGCGGGCGGCAUGUGGUGGAUGGCAUCAGCCGCGAGCAUUCCAGCUGGGACCUGGUGGGCCUGGAGAAGUGGACGGAGUACCGGGUGUGGGUACGCGCACACACAGAUGUGGGCCCUGGCCCUGAGAGCAGCCCAGUGCUGGUGCGCACCGAUGAAGACGUGCCCAGUGGGCCACCGCGGAAGGUGGAGGUAGAGCCGCUAAACUCCACUGCUGUGCAUGUCUCCUGGAAGCUACCUGUUCCCAGUAAGCAACAUGGCCAGAUCCGUGGCUACCAGGUCACCUAUGUACGACUAGAGAAUGGCGAGCCCCGAGGCCCUCCUGUCAUCCAGGACGUCAUGUUGGCUGAGGCUCAGGAAACCACCAUCAGUGGACUCACCCCAGAAACUACCUACUCCAUUACUGUAGCUGCUUACACCACCAAGGGAGAUGGUGCCCGAAGCAAGCCCAAGAUUGUUACAACAACAGGGGCAGUCCCAGGGCGGCCCACCAUGAUGGUCAGCACUACAGCCAUGAACACCGCGCUGCUUCAGUGGCACCCACCCAAGGAGCUGCCUGGUGAACUGCUAGGCUACCGGCUGCAGUACCGCCGGGCUGAUGAGGCACAGCCCACCAUCAUAGAUUUUGGCAAGGAUGACCAGCACUUUACAGUCACUGGACUGCACAAAGGGGCCACCUAUAUCUUCUGGCUUGCUGCCAAGAACCGAGCUGGCCCAGGUGAGGAGUAUGAAAAGGAGAUCAUGACCCCUGAGGAUGCACCCAGUGGAUUCCCCCAAAACCUACGAGUGACAGGACUCACCACAUCUACUACGGAACUGGCCUGGGACCCACCAGUGCUGGCAGAAAGGAACGGGCGCAUCACCAACUACACUGUGGUAUACCGUGACAUCAACAGCCAACAGGAGCUGCAGAAUAUCACCACUGAUACUCGUCUUACACUCGCGGGUCUCAAGCCGGAUACCACUUACGACAUCAAAGUCCGCGCACGUACCAACAAAGGCUCUGGCCCACUCAGCCCCAGCAUCCAGUCCCGGACCAUGCCUGUGGAGCAAGUGUUUGCCAAGAACUUUCGUGUGGAAGCUGCGAUGAAGACAUCUGUGCUGCUCAGCUGGGAGGUCCCUGAGUCCUACAAGUCUCCUGUACCCUUCAAGAUUCUGUACAACGGUCAGAGUGUUGAGGUGGAUGGACACUCGAUGAGGAAAUUGAUUGCAGACCUGCAGCCCAAUACAGAGUAUUCCUUUGUGUUGAUGAACCGUGGCAGCAGCGCAGGGGGACUGCAGCACCUCGUGUCCAUCCGUACAGCCCCUGACCUCCUGCCACACAAACCACUGCCUGCCUCUGCCUAUAUAGAAGAUGGUCGCUUUGCUCUCUCCAUGCCCCAAGUUCAGGACCCAUCGCUGGUCAGGUGGUUCUACAUCGUGGUGGUGCCCAUUGAUCGUGUGGGUGGGAACAUGCUCACCCCAAGAUGGAACACACCUGAGGAACUGGAGCUAGAUGAGCUUCUAGAGGCCAUUGAACAAGGUGGAGAAGGACAUCGGCGGAGGAGACAAACAGAGCGGCUGAAGCCAUAUGUGGCAGCUCAGGUGGAUGUGCUCCCUGAGACCUUCACCCUGGGAGACAAGAAGAACUACCAGGGCUUCUACAACCGGCCGCUGUCUCCAGACUUGAGUUACCAGUGCUUUGUGCUUGCCUCCCUAAAGGAACCUGUGGACCAGAAACGCUAUGCUUCCAGUCCCUACUCGGAUGAGAUCGUGGUCCAGGUGACACCAGCCCAGCAGCAGGAGGAGCCUGAGAUGCUGUGGGUGACGGGCCCCGUCCUGGCAGUCAUCCUCAUCAUUCUCAUUGUCAUUGCCAUCCUCUUGUUUAAAAGGAAAAGGACUCACUCCCCAUCAUCAAAGGAUGAGCAGUCCAUUGGACUGAAAGACUCCCUGCUGGCCCACUCUUCUGACCCAGUGGAGAUGCGGAGGCUCAACUACCAGACCCCAGGUAUGCGUGACCACCCACCCAUCCCUAUCACUGACUUGGCAGACAACAUUGAACGCCUGAAAGCCAAUGAUGGCCUCAAGUUCUCCCAGGAGUAUGAGUCCAUUGACCCGGGACAGCAGUUCACGUGGGAGAAUUCCAACCUGGAGGUGAACAAGCCCAAGAAUCGUUAUGCAAAUGUCAUUGCCUAUGACCACUCUCGAGUCAUCCUCACCUCCAUCGAUGGGGUCCCCGGGAGUGACUACAUCAAUGCCAACUACAUUGAUGGCUAUCGCAAGCAAAAUGCCUACAUUGCCACACAGGGCCCACUGCCUGAGACCAUGGGUGAUUUCUGGAGGAUGGUGUGGGAACAGCGCACAGCCACUGUUGUCAUGAUGACACGGCUGGAGGAGAAGUCCCGGGUGAAGUGUGAUCAGUAUUGGCCAGCCCGUGGCACUGAGACCUACGGCCUCAUUCAGGUGACCCUACUGGAUACAGUGGAGCUGGCCACCUACACCAUGCGUACCUUUGCCCUCCACAAGAGUGGCUCCAGUGAGAAGCGGGAGCUGCGUCAGUUCCAGUUCAUGGCCUGGCCAGACCAUGGGGUUCCUGAGUAUCCAACUCCAAUCCUGGCCUUCCUACGACGGGUCAAGGCGUUCAAUCCCCUGGACGCAGGGCCCAUGGUGGUGCACUGCAGUGCCGGUGUGGGCCGCACAGGCUGCUUCAUCGUUAUUGACGCCAUGCUGGAGAGGAUGAAACAUGAGAAGACAGUAGACAUCUAUGGCCAUGUGACAUGCAUGCGAUCACAGAGGAACUACAUGGUGCAGACAGAAGACCAGUAUGUUUUCAUCCAUGAGGCGUUGUUAGAGGCUGCCACGUGUGGGCACACGGAAGUGCCAGCCCGCAACCUGUAUGCCCACAUCCAGAAGCUAGGCCAAGUACCUCCUGGGGAGAGUGUGACUGCCAUGGAACUUGAGUUCAAGCUGUUGGCCAGCUCCAAAGCCCACACAUCUCGCUUCAUUAGUGCCAAUCUGCCCUGUAACAAGUUCAAGAACCGCCUGGUCAACAUCAUGCCUUAUGAACUGACCCGGGUGUGUCUGCAGCCCAUCCGUGGCGUGGAGGGUUCUGAUUACAUCAAUGCCAGCUUCCUGGAUGGCUAUAGACAACAGAAGGCCUACAUAGCUACACAAGGACCUCUGGCAGAGAGCACCGAGGACUUCUGGCGCAUGCUGUGGGAGCACAAUUCCACCAUCAUCGUCAUGCUGACCAAGCUUCGGGAGAUGGGCAGGGAGAAGUGCCACCAGUACUGGCCAGCAGAGCGCUCCGCUCGCUACCAGUACUUUGUCGUUGACCCAAUGGCUGAAUACAACAUGCCCCAGUAUAUCCUGCGUGAGUUCAAGGUCACAGAUGCCCGGGAUGGGCAGUCGAGGACAAUCCGGCAGUUCCAGUUCACAGACUGGCCGGAGCAAGGAGUACCCAAGACGGGUGAGGGCUUCAUCGACUUCAUUGGGCAGGUGCACAAGACCAAGGAGCAGUUUGGGCAGGAUGGGCCCAUUACAGUGCACUGCAGUGCUGGUGUGGGCCGCACCGGAGUGUUCAUCACUCUGAGUAUUGUCCUGGAGCGUAUGCGCUAUGAGGGUGUGGUCGACAUGUUCCAGACCGUGAAGACCCUGCGCACACAGCGUCCUGCAAUGGUGCAGACAGAGGACCAGUAUCAGCUGUGCUACCGCGCAGCCCUGGAGUACCUCGGCAGCUUUGACCACUAUGCAACGUAACUACUGCUCCCUCUCCUCCGCCGCCCCCACUGGGGGGCUCUGGAGGGGACCCAGCUCCUCUGAGCCAUACCAACAUUGUCCAGCCCUCCUGCACGGAUGCUGUUGCCAGUGAAGUACAGCCCACUGGGAUCACUGCAUCGGGAACAUUGCCACACCAAUCAGAGAGCCCAGACCAUCUGGGCGAGUAAGUGGACUGGCAGUCAGGCUCUGUUCACCAGGCCCAAAUAGAGCCCGCUUCAAGCUCUCUGUUCAGCUCCGAGUUUCUCAUUCUUCUCAUGGGUGGGGAUGGGGAGGUGGGGCAAAGCCUCCUUUUUUAUUUUUUAAGUUUGGGUUUUAGAAUAGGGAGUCUAGCCUCUUCCCUGUGUUUUCCUUUUGCAAAACCUUAAUUGCAGAACGGGCCACUAGGGGUUGGAGCUCACUUUGUUUUCUUUUUGAGUUCACUUUGGAUCCUUUUUUUGUAUGGCUUAGUGCUGAGGGACAGAGUAUGCGUUCCUCACGUGGAGCUGGGGCCUCUAGCCUGAGCGAGGCAAGGCUGUGGACUGGGAGGCAGUGGGGCUGCUCUUCUAGCCUUUCAGAUGAGAUCUUGUUUCAGCCAAAUGCAGGGAAACACAAUUUUUUUUUUUUAAGGUCUUUGUUUUGUUUUUCCUUUACAGCCUUUUUUUAGGCCCCACAGACAGUGGUAGGCGGGGAGGCGAUAGGAAACACACAUCCCCAGCCAUCUAUUCCAGUGUGUGUUUAACAUUCACAACAGCCCACAACCACAGACAUGUCUGGAGGAGCCUGGCAAGGCAUUCCUCAUCACCAUCAUGUUUGCAAAGGUUUAAAAAAAAAUUUAAAAAACA